AUGUUGUGUGACGUCAAAACUUAAUUUUUUAAUACAUGUAGUUUAUACAUACAUACAAAAAUGUCUGUCUACAACGUUCCUGUUAUUCCGUUGAACUUAAGAAAAGAAGAAACGAUAAUUCAAAUCGCGGAAUCUUUAAAUUAUUUAUCCGACGUCUCAAAUGAUAUAUUUAAAAGAAUCUCUUCUAGGAUAGAGAAAGAUGCUGAGCAUUUAAAUCAAUUAAAUGGAAGAAUUGACAAAGUCAACUUGAAAAUAUCAAAGCUUUCGGGCGCUAAAAAAGCCAUUCAGGUGUUUUCAAGCAGUAAGUACCCAGCUGCUGAUUUAAACCAGCCCUAUAAGACCUUGUUCGAUAACGAAAACAUUCCAACAAAACAAACAUUUCCUUUAAAGUAUAAAGAUGAGCCUGUAAAAGAUGACCCCCUCGAAACGCUACAAUUUUAUCAUUUAAAUUUCGUUGACAACCAAAAACCCAACUAUGAGGGUUUAGGAGAAAUCCCCAAAAACAACAUAGAAAACGUUAACGACGUGUUAUUGUAUAAUUCAGGCACCAAUUUAUACAACAAAUACAUCAUAGCAGACGCCCUCAAAAUCCUGCAAAGAACUAAAAAGGAAGUAGUAAGCGAUGGCCCAGAAAUUGGCGCCGCGCCUCUAUCCAUAUCAGAGCCAACCACCGUAAAUAAACACACAGGAGAAAAUUACUUCUACAGCCCACAUUUAGGGGAUGUACCCACAAUCGACGUCCCAAUCGAUUUACCCGACUUACCAGGAAUCGCGGAUGAUUUACGAUACACCGACAAUUCAGACAGAACAAUUGCACCCUCAGUCAUCACCUCACCCAACAUUCCAGAAUUACCCGAAAUCAUCACAACACCAAACAAAUCGGAACAAAUACAACCCAACAUCCAAAUCGACCCACCCACUAAUUCAAAACUUGAACCAAAGAUUGAAACAAAAAUUGAACCAAAAAUUAUUUCGCAAAUUGAAUCAAAACCGAUUGAAUCCACACCAAAAGAAACUGAGCCUACACCAACAUCUUUAGAAACAUCUUUAGAAACAGCAUUAGAGUCAUCAUUAAUUAAUGAACUUCCGAUUAUUGAAACUCCCUCAAAGCCCGUUAUACCAGAUAUGCAUGCAACUUUAAUGGACGCGAUUAGAAAAGCGGGAGGAAUGAAGAAGUUGAAAGCGACUGAGCCGAGGAAAAAUGAAGACGAAGUGAAAAAGAAGCCGAGUGGAGGUGAUUUAAUGGCGGAUUUGCACUCGAAAUUGUUAAUGCGACGAAAAGGAAUUUCGGGGGCGGAGAAAGCGAAUGGAAUCGAACCGGGUUCGGCUAUGGAUAGGAUUUCUGCUAUGUUACCACCACCGCCGGUUAAGUCUGAACAAUCUGAAAGUGGAACUACUGAUGAUGAUUGGGAAGAUUAAUUAAGCAGCAUUAAAAUAAUAAUAAUUGUAUUCUUUAUUUAAUAAAAAUUAAUUUUCUUGAUUA